AUCAGUCAGAAUGGCGGCGACGAUGGUGUUGACGGUGCUGGCCGUGAUGGCCUCGAUGGUGGCUGCCUAUGAUAAUGGUGUGGCGCUCAAGCCGGCUCUGGGUUGGAAUACCUGGUGCACCCUUUCGGAUUGCCACAACGGAGAUAACAACUACUUUGAUCGCUGCAACGAAUGGGAGCUGCGUGAGAUUGCCGAGGCCAUGCUGAGCAACGGCAUGCAUGAUCUGGGCUUUCAAUACAUCAACUUGGACGAUUGUUGGGCUGCUCAGGAGCGCGACUCCAAUGGCAACAUUCAGCCAGAUCCGUCGCGCUUCCCUUCGGGCAUGAAGGCCAUGGCGGACUGGCUCCACGAGAAGGGACUCAAGUUUGGCCUGUACACCUCCAUGGGCACGGAGACGUGCAACCACGGUGGUCGCCCCCUUCCCAUUCCUGGCUCCUUUGGACACUACGCCGAAGAUGCCAAGACCUUUGCCGAGUGGGGCAUGGAUUAUGUCAAGGUGGAUUGGUGCGGUGGUGAGCUCAACGAUGCUCAAACGCAGCACACGGAGUUAUCCAAGGCACUCAACGCAACCGGUCGCCCCAUCUGGCUGGAGCUUUGCCGCGGCUACUCGUAUGACCCCAUUCCUGACUACGUGACAGAGGUUGCCCAGUCGUGGCGCAUCACAGGUGACCACCAAGAUGAGUGGAGCAACACCAAGACCGUGAUUGAGGGCUUUAUGAUUCCCUCCAACCAAGCGGGCCCAAACCAGUGGAACUAUGGUGAUUUCUUGAUGACCGGUGGCCCUGGCUGCAAUUUGAACAACUCGGACCAUUGCCCCUUUUCUUCGGAUGAUGAAUACCGCACCUCCUUCUCAGUGUGGACUAUUAGCAGCAGUCCCUUGAUUGUGAGCACGGACAUUCGCAACAUGACGGCCGUCAUGAAGCAGUGCCUUCUCAACAAGCAAGCCAUCGCCAUCAACCAGGAUCACGAAUCGACGCCUGGACGCCUGAUUGGCCAGGCGGCCGAUGCCAACUGCAUCGCGUCGGAUCUUCGCACGGGUGACUGCCCCAUCUUUGGCCGCAAACUCUCGGACGGCACUUAUGCUGCCGUGCUCCUCAACUUUGCCGACCAAGGUACGCGCACGGUGACGCUACCCUUCAACUGGCUGGGUGUGGCGAGCAACCAGACGAUGGCCGUGUAUGACAUUUUGGAGCAAAAGUCUUUGGGCAACUUUACUGGCAGCUUCACGGCCAAGGAUCUGAACCCCCACCAGUCCAUCUUCCUGUCCCUGACCGCAGCCUAAAGCAGGUCGGGUGGCUUGUGCAUGUCUGUUGUCUGCACGUUUGUGCGACCAGGGAAACUUGCCAACGUUUGUCUUAGCGUCGUAGUUGUUGGCCAGUUGAGCCGCACACGACUGUGCGCUCUCUCCAAAAUCUAUAGCUUUCCUCUUCUCUA